AUGUCUGAAUGCCAUACACACGAGCACGCUCAUGAUGACAUUCCACCCCCGCCCGCGGACGGGUGGAAGACCGAGGGUGUCCGUGUCAUUCCCGGCGACCAGUUGGACCACAACACAGGAAAUGCGCAUUCAACGCCGGGCAUGGACCGUGCUGCCGCCAUCAACUUUGCCCGUGUAGGGGCCAAAAAGAUCUGGGCGGGGACAGUCCACAUCCACGCCGACGCCAAGACGGGCGCGCAUCACCACGGUCACCUCGAGAGCGUCAUCUACGUGGUCAAGGGUCGCGCGCGGAUGCGCUGGGGCGAGAAGCUCGAGUUCACGGCCGAGGCCGGCCCUGGCGACUUCAUCUACGUGCCGCCCUACGUGCCGCACCAGGAAAUCAACGCCAGUGCCGACGAGAAGUUGGAGUGCGUGCUCAUGCGUAGUGACUCCGAGGCUGUCGCCGUAAACCUGCCCGACCUGGAGCCUGUAGAGAAGCCGACCACGGUGAAGUGGAUUGACCCGACCCAUACCCACUAG